AUCACAGUGAGGAUUUUAUGCACACAUUUUCCCGGCGCCAGUUACAACUUCAUUACCCGCAGUGGUUAAAUGGCUGGCGUGUUACCGGAGACUGAACGAUUGCAAGCAGAGGAAUACAAAAACCAAGGGAAUGCGUGCUAUAAACAAGGAUUGUAUGAUGAGGCCAUUGCAUGGUACUCAAAGGGUAUAAAUGUGGACAGUAACAAUGCACUCCUGUACAACAAUCGUUCAGCAGCAUAUCUCAUGAUAAAUAAACCUCUGGAUGCUUAUAAAGAUGCUUGCAGGUUUUCAUUUUGACAUUUGGAUAUACUGUAACUCUAAUAGAAGUAUUAAUUUAGAUUCUCAAAAUGUAAAAUCUCUGCUGCGCUGUGUAAAGUGCUGUAUUACACUGGGUGAUUUAAAUGAAGCCAAACGUCUUUGUACAAUGAUCAAACAGUUGGAACCAGCUAAUACUGAACUAUCAUCAUUGCUUGAGAAGAUUGAGCUACUAUCAGAAACAUAUAGAUCGUUUGAAAGCAAAUUCUCCUCAUCUGAUUUCAGACACGCCCUUUACUUAAUCACAAAAUGUAUUGAAAUAUCCCCAGCUUCAUUGGAUUUUAAUUUACAAAAGAUCAACGUGCUUAUCCAACUGAAACGAUUUCCAGAAGCCAAAAGUUUGGUUGAGAACCUUCUCCAUUCUCAUGAUACGUCAGUUGACCUACUUUACUAUCGAGGUUUAUGUCUGUAUUAUUUGGACCAUUUAGAUAAAGCAAUUAGUCAUUUUCAGCAUGUACUGCGACUUCAUCCAGAUCAUAUAGAAACACAGAAAGUGUACAAACGUGCUAAAAAUCUUAUGAAACUGAAAGAAGAAGGCAAUACAUUUAUCCAUGAUAACAGAUAUUCAAAAGCGUUUGAAGCCUAUUCCAAAGCAUUAGAAAUAGAUCCAUCACACGAUAUGAUAAAUGCCAAGUUGUAUUGUAACCGAGCGUGUGCUUUAUUCUAUCUUGAUCGCUUUGAGGAAGCCCUAAAGGAUUGUGAUGCAGCAGUUUCUUUGGACCCAAACUAUGUGAAGGCUCGUAUUCGUCGGGCUAAGUGCUAUUCAUCUCUUGAUGAAUAUGAAAAAGCCAUUGAAGAGUGGACUGCAGUGGUAAAAUUGGAUGGAUCACCAGAGAAUAAGAAGUCGUUACAAGCUGCUAAAGCCGCCCUGUCCAGAUCUCAACAGCGUGACUAUUAUAAGAUCCUUGGUUUAAAAAAGAAUGCGUCUUUUGAUGAGAUAAAGCAGGCGUACAAAAAGAGUGCUCUUCUAUAUCACCCAGAUCGUCAUACCAAUGCAGAUGAAAAUACAGUAAAAGAACAUGAACGAAAAUUCAAAGAAAUCGGCGAAGCCUACACUGUAUUAUCAGAUCCUGAAAAACGCCGUAAAUAUGAUAGUGGUGAACUUUUGGCAGCUGAUGGUUUUGAUCAAGGCAAUGCAGCUGCUAGGAAUCUGUUCACUCAAGUCUUUCCUGGCUUCGGCACAUCUACAGUUCAUUUUUAUUUCGGUUAGACAAACAAUCAUAUAAAUGCGUGUGGCUGGGGUGAUAAAUAUUCGUAAUGCUUCCCCCCCCUGUCUGUCUCUGAUGGGUGUAUAUCAGAGCCUGUUGUGGAGGUUGUUAUUAUACCUUUCAGUGUACAUGUUUUGUUUUUUUUUUGCUUUGUGUAAAACUUUGCAAUGAUGGGAUGACCUGAUGUGUGUGUGUACAAGAUGAUUUAAUCGAAAUAUUAGUUUUUUUUCGUUUUCUGUUUCCGUGUUGUUUAUCAACGGUAAUCUACUCAUCUCACCCGCAAUCACCUGCAUAUAUGCAAACUACACAUUCAGGUUUACAAUAUGCUGCUGUUAUUGGAAUAGAGUCACACACACACUUCUUUUUUUUAAGACAAUCUGUUUUCAUCUAGUAGUUACCCCUAGUGUUUUUUUUUCUUUCAAUUUUCCAUUCAUAAGAGAAAAGAAAAUUAAAAAUAGGUUUUACCAUUUCUGUGUGUAUACUGAAGAGAAAAAGGCUUUUGAUUUCAAAGUGUUUUUUUUUCGCCUGUUUUUUCUCUUGUAAUAUCUAGUCCAAAGUUUGUC